CGAUCGAGGGUGUGAAAAAAGGACAGUUAUAAUUAACGGGCCAACUCAACUCAUAUUGGAGCAUCCGGGUCAACGGUUCUCCACAUGGACCUUUUCGUAUUCUAUUGCUCAACCAAUUUUCAGGAUCUUGUCUGCUUCCAGUUUGAUGAUAUAUACAUACACAAAAACACACAUAGCUAGCGAGUAACCAAGCCGCCACAACCACACACGUCUCUUAAUUAUCAGUCAUGAAAGGCGCUUCCAUCCUGAGGCUACAAGACAAGGUCGCCCUCAUAACCGGCGGCGCCAGCGGGAUCGGAGCCGCCGCCGCCCGCCUCUUCUCCAGACACGGCGCAAAGGUCCUCGUCGCCGACAUCAACCCGGCCGAAUCCGGCGACGCGAUUUCCUACAUCCGCUGCGACGUCACGAGCGAGUCCGACGUCCGGAACGCCGUCGACGCGGCGGUGUCGGAGCACGGCAGGCUGGACAUAAUGUUCAGCAACGCCGGCAUCAUGGAGCACCAAGCCCCGGCGAUCUCGUCCUUCGACCGCGCCACAUACGACGCCGUUUUCGGGGUGAACGUGUACGGCGCGUUCCUGGCGGCGAAGCACGCGGCGAGGGUGAUGGUACCCGCGGGGAAAGGGUCCAUCGUUUUCACGGCGAGUAGCGUCACGCGCAGCUACGGGCAGGGGCCGCACGCGUACACCGCCUCGAAGCAUGCGGUGGUGGGCCUGACGAAGAACCUGGCCGUGGAGUUGGGCCCGCACGGGGUUCGGGUGAAUUGCGUGUCGCCGUUCGGGGUGGCGACUCCGUUGGCGAUUGGCGAGUCCGGGUUGGACGGGGAUGGGUUUCGGGAGGUGAUUGCUGGGAUGGCCAACUUGAAAGGGACGUUUCUGGAGGCGGAGGAUGUGGCGGAGGCGGCGGUGUAUUUGGGGAGCGACGAGUCCAAGUACGUUAGUGGGUUGAAUCUCGUUGUCGACGGGGCAUACAGUUUGAAGAGUGCAUCUUGAUGCUAUCCAUUGUUGAAUUAUUGACUUUAUGGGCUCACGUCCAAAGCCUGGAUGGGCUUGCAUUCCCACUCUACGCAGUCACUUCAGUAUAUCAUUUUCUCUUUGCAAAGCUCAUGACUCAUGCCUAUUGCCUUGUACACUUCCCAUUUUGUCAAGCCAAGCCAUACUUGUUUAAGCUGCGUGUACUUGGAAAUUAGAACAUAUUAUCAAGCACAUUAUAUUGAUUUUUCCUACUUAAUGUAUACCAAUUGUAACUACUUACUAGCAUUCAUGCCCAACUUGUUGGUCCGUUCCAUAUUUAAAUAAUUUUCACAAAUAAGCAUAAAUUAUUAUC